AUGGACACCAUGCUGAGAGCUAGGCUGGAGACCCAGCAGAAUGAGAAGAGUGGACACUAUGGCCAGGAGACCAACCUGUGGUACUCAGGCUUUGGGAUGAAGCUGGAGGCUGUCACCCCAUUCCUGGGGAAGUAUCGCCCAUUUGUGGGCCGCUGCUGCCAGACCUGUACGCCCAAGAGCUGGGAGUCCCUUUUCCACAGAAGCAUCAUGGAUCUCGGCUUCUGCAAUGUGAUUUUGGUGAAGGAAGAGAACACCAGGUAUCGGGGCUGGCUGGUUCGGAGGCUUUGCUAUUUCCUGUGGUCACUGGAGCAGCAUAUACCCCCCUGUCAGAAUGUCUCACAGCAGAUCAUGGAAAACCCUGGGGUGCAGAGCAUCAUUUCAGGGAGGGCCCCUGGAGGGGCCGGGGAGAGUCAGGUGCCAGGCCUUGUGAAGAAAGAGGUACAGCGUAUCCUGGACUAUAUCCAGGCCCCGCCACGCCCCUUGCUUCUAAGGCUGUUGAGCUGGGUGCUGCUACGGCUCCUCAACUGCUUCUUCUUGAAUGUGCAGCUCCAUAAGGGUCACAUGAAGAUGGUUCACAAGGCUGCCCAGGCGGGCUCACCGCUUGUCUUCCUCUCCACCCACAAGUCUCUUGUGGAUGGAAUCCUGCUGCCCUUUGUGUUGCUUGCCCAGGGCCUGGGUGUGCUUCGUGUGGCUUGGGACCCCCAUGCCUGCUCCCCUGCUCUCAGAACUUUUUUGAGGAAACUUGGGGGAUUCUUCCUGCCUCCAGAGGCUAACCUCUCCUUGGAUUGCUCUGAGGGGAUCCUUGCCAGGACUGUGGUUCAUGCAACCAUAGAGCAGCUGCUGGUCAGUGGGCAGCCUCUGCUCAUCUUCCUGGAGGAACCCCCUAGGACUCAGGGCCCAAGGUUGUCCGCCCUAGGCCAGGCCUGGCUGGGAGUUGUGGUCCAGGCUGUCCAGGCGGGCAUUGUUUCAGAUGUUAUGCUGGUGCCGGUGGCUGUCACCUAUGAUGUGGUUCCAGAUGCACGGCCUGACGUAUACCAUCCUUUGCCACCGCUGGGCCUGUGGACGGGAGCUCUGGCUGUCCUGCAGGGCCUGUACCACUGUUGGCACAGCCGCCGUGGGUCCUGUGUCCGUGUGCACCUCGCCCAGCCCUUCUCCCUGCAGGAAUACACCAUCAACGCCAGAAGCUGCUGGGGAAGCAGGCAGACCCUGGAGCAGCUGCUGAAGCCCAUUGUUUUGGGUCAAUGGACUAUUGUCCCAGAUACUGAAAAGGAACAAGAGUGGACCCCAGUAACUGGACCCCUCCUGGCCCUUAAGGAAGAGGAUCAGCUGCUGGUCAGGAGGCUGAGCCGUCACGUUCUUAAUGCCAGCGUUGCAAAUUCCGCAGUGAUGAGCACAGCAAUCAUGGCGACACUACUGCUCUUCAAGCACCAGAAGGGCGUGUUCCUGUCGCAGCUCCUGGGGGAGUUCUCAUGGCUGACAGAGGAGACACUGCUGCGUGGCUUUGACGUGGGCUUCUCUGGGCAGCUCAGGUGCCUUGUGCAGCACACGCUGAGCCUGCUGCAGGCACAUGUGGCGCUGCUGCAUGUCCACCAGGGGGACUUGCUGGUGGUGCCGCGACCUGGCCCAGGCCUCACAUACCUCGCACACCUCAGUGCUGAGCUGAUGCCUGCCUUCCUGAGUGAGGCUGUGGGUGCCUGUGCUGUGCGGGGGCUCCUUGCGGGUAGAGUGCCGCUGGAGGGGUGCUGGGAGCUACAGAGUGUGGAACUGCUGAGCCAGAGUGAACUGUACCGCCAGAUCUUGCUGCUACUGCACCUGCUACCACAGGACCUGAUGCUCCUGCAGCCCUGCCAGUCUUCCUACUGCUACUGUCAGGAGGUGCUGGACCGUCUCAUCCAGUGUGGACUCUUGGUUGCUGAGGAGACAUCAGGCUCCCGGCCAGCCUGUGAUACAGGGCGACAGUAUUUGUGUGCAAGGCUGCUGUGGAAGCCGAGCGGGGACUUUACUGACAGUGACAGCGAUGACUUCGAGGAGGCUGAAGGCCGGUAUUUCAGGCUCAGCCAGCAGUCACGCUGCCCUGAUUUCUUCCUCUUUCUCUGCCGCCUGCUCAGCCCGCUGCUCAAGGCCUUUGCACAAGCUGCCUCCUUCCUCUGCCAGGGGCAACUGCCCGACACAGAGUUGGGCUACUCCGAGCAGCUGUUGCAGUUCUUAGAGGCCACUGCCCAGGAAGAAGGGUUCUUUGAAUGCGUAGACCCAAAACUUGCUGCUCAUGCUAUCUGGACCUUCAGAGACUUGGGGGUGCUACAGCAGAUGCCAAGCCCUGCAGGCCCUAUGCUCCACCUGUCCCCAACAUUUGCCAGCCGAGACAAUCAGAAGAAGCUAGAACUGUUCAUCAGGCAGUUUAUCUGUGGCUAG